AAAAUUUCACAUAUGACUGAUCCCAAAGAAAUGUUUUUGAUUACACUAGUUUUUAUUUGCAGAUAAUAAAAAUAAAACUCAAAUUUUCCAUAUAAAUUCCAUGUCAGCUCAUGAAGAAAGAUUCUAGCUUACGUCAUGUCCAUGCUAAAAAGUUAGUCCAGGGGAGAUGAACCAUGUGAUUGUGGAGGAAGACUAGGCCACACGGUGUUUCUUUUGUUUACUAAAAAUUCUCAAAACAAAAUCAAAAUUCAAAUCUUCCAAAAUCAGCAACUUGCCUCUCUCAUUUGUCAGCUCCUUUAUAAAAAAAAGUUUCCUCUUUUAUUCUUUUCAACAUUUCAGAAAAUCCCUAAAUUCACUGAACCCCUCCCCAUACUUUUUGAUCCUGUCCAAGUCCUCUCUUAUUAAUAACCCCAAAAGAUUGUUCCUUUCAAGUCUCAUUUUUCAUACACAAGUCAUCUUCUUCUUGUUUUGGAACACACAAGUCAUCUUCUUCUUGCGUACAGGAUCUGGCUUUAAGGGCUUAAAGCUUAGAUUAGCCAUCACUGAGUCAACUCGUUCAGAAACUCGGACGUCUCCGCAUUCUCAUUGCUUCGAUCAAGCUGCAUUGGUCAGAAUGAUUCGCAAAACCCCAAAUUUACAAAACGACAUCAUAAACAUCCACGAGCGUUACUCAAACAACCUUGUCAUGGACGUCGGAGGAGGAAGAAACAGCCGGAAAAACGUAAACUUUCGCCGUCCACCACCGGCAAUGACGUCAGAGAACAGCAAGCAUGAGUUGCGACGGACCUUCUCGUCGCAGAAAAGGUUGAUGAUCCCGGCGAACUACUUCAGUUUGGAGUCUUUGGUUAUACUGGUCGGUCUAACGGCGUCACUGUUGAUACUUCCGUUAGUUCUGCCGCCGUUACCUCCGCCUCCGUUUAUGCUGCUAUUGGUUCCGAUUGGGAUUAUGGUUUUACUCAUUAUUCUUGCCUUCAUGCCUUCUUCUUCUUCUAGGGCCAAAGAUGUAACUCGCACUUUUAUGUAAAUCUGUUAUUAUUGUAUUUAUAAAGUCUACGAACAUUAUUACACA